UUCCGAAUAAAAUCCACAACAAAAAAAAUUAACAAAAUCAUUGUGAAGCAAGUUUUUAUUUUGUAUUUACUUCUAGCAAAACUAAUAAACACAAAAAUUCUUUAAACUGUUUUAAAUUAAUUAUUACCACCAUUUCAAUAUGGUGUAUAUAGAUCGGAAUGGUCGUGUUUUAGAAAAGCGGCCUUGGGACCUAGACCGUGUUAAGGAAAUUUUCACGGCUAUUUGGGUCGUAGUGCUGCAAUUCUUCGCCACACUGUUUGCCCCUUUCCAAACGGAAAACCGUGGUGGCAGUCGUAGCAAUGGCCGUGGCAACAGUUGGGGCUCCGGCGGUGGUGGAGGAGGUGGCGGUGGAGGAGGUGGUAGCUCUGGUGGCAAUGGAGGUCUACGUCCCAAUCGUCGUAUAGGUCGUGUAAUGAAUUCAAUGGAUUGUAAUAUCCCUGGUGGGGGCGGAUGAGCAAGAUAAAGUGUCCAAGCUUGAGCUUAAAAGCAAUGACUAAUUUCAUAAUUAGAAAUUCUCAUUAUCAAUAAGAUCUUAAGUAAGAGAAAUCAUUGCUUGCUUGGACACAGCUGAACCCCCCUCAUAGUCAAUCUUCAUUCAUGUUAACAACCAUAUGAAUAACAAUUUUUAUAAAUGAAGAUUUAUAAUUCUUUUUGGCAUUUUAUUGCCCUUAUGAUGAAUCACUUGUAAACUCUGUAUUGAGGGAAGUGUUUCGGAAUUUUUUUAAGAGUUGUAAUUCUUCUAUAAAUUUUGUAAGAUUGACAUUAGUUUAAUUUUAUAUUUAAUAUUUACAUAAUGAUUAUUUUGGCCAUUUAUUAAAAUGAAAACUUUGUAAUACUUUUUUUUCGAA